ACUACAGCUCCCAUCAUGCCGCGGGGGCCGCGCUGGGCCCUCUCUGAUUGGUUUUUCCCCCCGCGCGCUGCCCGCUGUGAAGCGCCACCCGGAAGCGGCGGUGGCGGUUGCCAUGGAGACCGCGGCCUAGCGGGCGCCGCCAUGUCCUUUAAGCGCGACGAGAGCGACCCGGGCCCGCUCGGGGCGCUGCAGAGGCGCCGCGUGGCCGAGCUGCUGGCCAGCGCCAUCCCCGAGGACGAGGCGCUGCUGCUGCGCGACGGCAGGCUGGCGUGCUCGCUGUGUCCCCAGCGGCCCGUGUGUGACACUCUGCAGACGCUGCUGCUGCACCGCGCGGGCAGGAAGCACCUGGACAGCCUGCAGCGUUCCUUCGGGCGCCGCUGGCCCCACGAGGCCCCGCAGGGACCCCAGGAGCCCCCGGGGGCGGAGCCAGGGGGGCAGGCGCCGCUGCUGGCCCGGACGCGGCGGCUGGCGCGGAGCGCGCUGCUGAGAGCGGCCCCGUACAGCAGCUGCUGCCGCCGGAACGCGACGAAGGGCAGCAGCUCCCAGGCCGGGAUCCCCGGGAUGAUCCCAAAGAAUCCCCAGACGCCGCCGGAGCCGUCCGGGAACCCCGGGAACCCCGGGAAUCCCGAAACCCCCGGCCCCACGCACAGAGAGGGCGCUCCCAAGGACAGGAAACGGCGAAGGAAAGGAAAUUCCCGGAGCUCCGAGGGGCCGAGCCCGGAGCGGCUGCGGAUCCUGCGGCACCACCUGCACCUGCGCAGCCGGGGCUGGAUCCAGGAUCCCUCUGGGAAUUGGGUGAAGGACGGGAACGCCGAGUUCGACUCCGACGAGGAGGAGCCGCCACCACUGCCACCAGCCUGACAGCCCCGAGUGUCCCCAGGAGCCCCCAGGAGCCCCCAAGCGUCCCCAGAGCCCCAGGAAUAAAGUGGGAAUUUUUUGGGACCAUU